AUGCCAUCAAGAGGAUGCUCAAUGAAGAAACUUAUUGAAUCCAGAUGGUGGGAGGGUCCUCAUUGGCUGGCAUUGUCGGAAGAAGAAUGGCCUCAUUCUGCGGCAAUCGAUGACAAAGUGGAGGCUAACAAAGAAAAACGUAGAGAAGUAAUGACGUCAUUAAACCAUGUCGAUGAUUUUUCUUCAAGAGUCUUCAAUUACUUUUCAAAAUACACUAAAAUCCUAAGAAUGAUGGGUUGGAUACACAGAUUUAUAGGAAAUUGCCAGAAGACAAAAGUAGAAAGAGAAGAUGGCGAGUUAAAGGUCAAUGAGCUAAAAAUGGCAGAGAAAUAUAUCGUAAAGAUUAUUCAACAUGAUUCAUUUUCUUCAGAAGACAUAAAAAAGCUGAAGUCACUUAGUGUGUUUAAAGAUGAGGAAGACAUUCUACGUGUUAAGACCAGAUUAACUGAAAGAAAGGACCAUCACAAUUUUAUUUUCCCCAUGUUGCUUCCGAAGAAGCAUGCAGUUGUGGAGAAGUUGAUACUUCAUAAACAUCUAUCUUUGUCUCAUGCCGGGAUACAUAUAUUAAUCUCCAAACUUCGAGAAAACUUUUGGAUUAUCAAAAGCAGAUCAACUAUCCGAGGAGCUUUAUCUCGAUGUGUUAGAUGCAGAAGGCAUGAAGCUAAAGGACUGCAGACAGUGCCAGCUACUCUGCCCGAAAAUAGAGUUAGAGAUGCUAAGAUUUUCGAAAUUGUGGGAGUAGAUUUAGGAGGCCCACUAAUUUUGAAGAACAAGAGUAAAGCCUGGAUCAUACUUUUCAUCUGUGCUGUUUUCAGAGCGGUUCAUUUGGAACUGAUUUUGACCCUCUCUACUCAGGGAUUUUUACUUGGAUUUAGAAGAUUUAUUGCGCGUAGAGGGUGGCCAUCGAUAAUUUACAGCGACAAUGGUAGUAAUUUUGUCGGAUCCAACAAUCUCUUUGAGUCAAUUGAUUGGAAUAUUGUUGGAAGGGACGCUGCCAUACUUAAGAUAGACUGGAAGUUUAGUCCACCAGCAACACCAUGGUGGGGCGGUUUUGGGGAACGACUUGUGCAAAUGAUUAAGAAACUUUUACGUCGUAUCUUGGGCCAAGCGUCUUUAAACUACGAAGAGUUAAUGAGUGUAUUGUGUGACUGCGAAUCAACUGUGAAUUCCAGACCCCUCACAUAUGUGACAGAGGACUCGGACGAUCUCAUUCCUUUGACACCGUCCUUGUUUUUAGGCGAAAUUCCAGAGUUUGGUGUACCUGAUUUGGAUCACCUAUAUCGAAUUGAUUUCAACAAGAGACUUAGACAUCUUCAAAAUGUGCGAGAACUUCUGAGAAGAAGAUUUAGGUUGGAAUAUCUCAGCUUAUUGGUUCAACGUCCAUCAACAAUGUUAAUUUCUAGACAGAUAAAAAUUGGGGAUAUAGUUCUCGUCGAGUGUGACAACAAGUGCAAAGUGCUAUGGCCUCCAGCCAAAGUGACUGAGAUAUAUCCAGGAAAAGACGGCAAUGUUCGUGUUGUUCGAGUCAAAACCGCUUCCGGAGAAUUAUUCAAAUUAAUGAAUAAUUCCAAUCCCCUACCAAACGUAAAAUGGCACGGAACAAUCCUACUCAAAUUUCCAACCAAGAAAUUGUCACUAAGAAUUGCUUUUCCCCCGAUCGAAAACAUCAAAGGGCCCGCAACCGAAGCCCCGCCCACUAAAGUCCCACCCAUGAUGCUUAGAUAUGCUGACAAAUAUCAAGCUAUGUUAGCUGAUAUUGAAAAAGUUAGUGGUCCUACAAAAAAGAAAUUCAAUUACGGAUUUAUCAAAAUUUUCGCUACCACUAUCGACCAACAUCAAAAAAUUCAAUCCUUCGCAACCACUCAGGGCUAUGACUAUUAUAUUAUUUAA